AUGCAAAAGAAAAAACAUAUGAAUAAAAAGAAGAGACACAUAAAAUCUGUGUCAAAAUCUCAUUACAACCAUAUGCAAGAUUUAUUAAUUAAGGAAAUAUAUGAAGGGUAUAAUGAUGAUAACAAUGGCAUUGCUUAUUUAGAAAAAAAAAGAAGAAAAAAGAAAAAAACACGAAAUAAAUAUGUAGAACGAUUGAAAAGCUUAUAUAGUGAAAUUAAAUUAGAAAAGUGUUUAAAAUAUGGUUUACAAAAUAUAAAAAAAAUAAAAAAGAAAAAUUAUGCCGCCAAAAUAAUUUUUUUGAAAAUAAUAGGGAACUGCUAUUUCUAUUUUGAGAAUUAUAAAUCCAGUUCUUUGACAUAUAUAUUAUUGUCAAAAUAUAUGAAAAAAAUUGUAAACAAAAAUAAAAUAGAAAUAUUUUAUAAUGCCGGUGUAAUAUUCACGAAAUACUUUUUACAAACAAAUAAUGUGUCUUAUUAUUUAAGUGCAAAAUCAUGUUUUAAUUAUUCUUUAUUGUAUAAUGAUAAAGAAAGCACGUACUUUAAUGAACUUAUAUACAAUAAUAUUCGACGCAUACUUAAAAAGUAUUUUAUAACGGAUAUAACUAAACACAUUAUCCAAGGGGAUAAAAAAGAAACAAAUAUCAACGACAGUAAUAAUAAAGAAAUCAAUGGUUUUGAUAGCAAUAUUAAUGAAGAUAAUUUACUAGAUACAGAUUUCCCUCUAUGUUUAUAUAAUAGCAUUAUGUUUACUGUUGAUGUAUUUAAUUUGCCAAAAAAUAUGCAAAAAACAUAUCAUCGUAAAAUAAUGAAAGAACAAACUUGGUAUUUUAGUAAAACAAAUAAUUUUAGUGUGCAAAAUAAUUUUGAUGGAAUGCAUGGGGAUUAUAAUGAUAGUCCAUUAGAAGCAUUAUCUUUUUCAUAUAGUAAUAAAAAUAAAAAAAUUCGAAAAGAUAUAUACAAUAAUAAAGAUAUCGAUUUUUUUGAAAAUUGUAAUUUAAAUGAUAAAAUAUUCAAUAAUGCCAGUGAUGGUUCUAGUGAUAUGGAAUCAGGAAAAGACAGUUUUUCAAACAAAUCGAAUUCGAAUAUAGAGUAUAAUAAUAAUAUUAGAGGAAAAUAUUCAGGGAAUAUGCCUUCCGAUUAUGAUGUUAUAUAUAAGGAAAAUAAUUUAUUUUACAAUCAUAAAUUAGAGGGAAUUAACAAUUUAAACAUAGGAAAUAAUAUGAAAAAAAUAUAUAAAGGAUAUAAGAUGAGUUUAAUAGAUGAAUAUACCAAUGUUAUAAAUAAUAAAAAUAAGGGUGUUGGAAUAAUAAAAGUUCAGAAAAAUAAAUCAUUUGUGGAUUUUUUUCGAAACAUGUAUGAAGCAUCUUUGAAAAAUAAAUUUGAGGCUGUUCUUAAAUUUAAUGAUGAACCUCAAGGUGGAUUAAAUUGGAAGAAUAAAAAUGGACCAAAUUCUGGAAUAAAAAGGGGAAGAAAAUGGAAUGAAGAAAAAGAAAAUUAUAUGGAUGAUGUAUCUACUGAAUAUAAGGAUGGAAAAAAUAUGAAUCCAUCGGAGUUAGAAACAAAAAAUUACACAGAUUCAUGUAAUGACGAAAUAGAUUCGAUUGGAAUUGAUGGCAAUUAUGACUUAUGUAGCGAUCAGGACUUUCAGAAAGGUUUUCAAAAAAAUAUGACAAAUAAUUGUGAUAAUAAAAACUUGAAUAGAAAAAAUGAAAAUGGGAUAGUGAAGGGUGACGAUAAUAGUGAAUUUGUUCACCUUAUAAAUUUAUAUAAAGAAAUAAAAAACGAAAUUGAUAGUAUACGGUGUAAUUAUAAUAUCAUGGAUAAUAAUUUUAAUGAUAAAAAAGAAAUAGAGGAAAUAAUUGUAAAUAAUAUUAAUAAAUUCAAUAAAAACCGAAUAAGAGACAAGGUGAAAAAAUUAAGUCUUUAUAAUAAUUCCACGCUUUCUGAUGUUGCUGAUAAAAUGGUAGAUAAUAUCAACAGAUUAUUUGUUAUAAAAAAUUAUUCAAAAUUUUUAAAUAGUAUUAAAAAAAAUAACAGCAUUCGUCACAUAUAUUAUUUAUAUGAAAAUAUGUAUGCAAUAGAUAAAAUUGAUAAUAUUAACAGUAGUAAUAUAUUUAAUAUAUCUCAUUUUAUUAUCGAUAUAUUUUUAUUGAAAAAUAUUAAGGAAAAGGAUUAUUUAAAAAAAAAAAUAAAAAAAUUAAAGUAUUCUUUUAAAAACAUUUUUCAGUUUAAUAAUUUACCUGCACAUUUGAAAAAUGUCAUCAAAGAUUUAUCUACACACUAUAAUAAAAAAAUUCGAAAAAAUGAAACUGUGGAUAAUAUUUAUAUUCAAAAUUUAAUGAAAAAAAGAAAAAAAGAAGCAGAUACAAAAAAUGAUUCGAGUGAUUUCGAUGAUGAAAAUAGUUAUAUGGACGAUGGCAAAAAAAAAGAAAAUAAUUUUAAGAGUGAUGUGAUGAAUUAUAGUAACAAAGCUAAUGAACAAUCUGAAACUAAGAAUGAAUUGCAACUAAAUAUAGAACAGGGUGAAGACGAUAAUUCAAUAAAUCAUAAUAUUGAAGUAAGCGAACAAAAUAGUGAUACAAAUGAGCAUAAUAAUAGUAAUUGGAAUGAUAAAAACAUUUUAAGAAAUGGAUUGACAAGCCUUUCAAGUAAUGACAUUGAUGAAUCCCGUUUUAGCAAAAUGUCUAAAGUAUCAUAUAAAUACAAUAUGAAAAGAGCGAAGUUAUAUAAUGAUAUGCAAAAAGGAAACGACGAUAUUUUUGAUGAUAUAAUAGAUUUUUAUGAAUUUUUUAAUUCAUCAAAUGUUAGUCAUUUCACUAAAUCCAGAAUUGAAGAGAUUACAUUGAUAUUAUUUUAUCAUUAUUGUAAUAACAAUUAUAGUUUUAUUCUAAAGGAUGUUUUGUUAAAAAUAUUUAUUUUUUUUACAUACAAUAAUAUUAUAAAUAAAAAAAAUAUUCAUGAAUAUCCAGGUUUUAUAAAAUUAUAUGGUUUAUAUUUAUCUAAUAUUAAGUUCGACACUACAAAGCACUUUUAUCACAAUAUUGAAAGGGAUACGGAAGAAAUAAAUAAUUUUAGAGAAAUGCAUAAAAAAGACCAAGAAAAAAAAAGUAAAAAUUUUACUAAUGGAAAUGAAUUGUUAUCUACUGAUGAAAGUGAACUAAAAUUUGAUGAUUAUAUAAGUGAAAUAUAUUGCCAUUUAUGUAUGCUAAAAUUAUUAUAUAAAUGUUAUUUAAAAAAAUUAAACAAAUGUGUAAGUUUUCCUAAUAUGAAUUUAGAAAAUAUUAUAAAUAAUACUUUUGAGAUUUUAAAUUGUUUAUUAAUUAGACAUAGCUAUAAUAAACAAGUUGGAGAAAUAAAAUCACAUGUUUUAUUUAUAUUUUUACAAUUUUUAUAUAUUAAUUCAAAAUAUUAUUUUAAAAAUGUUACAUUUUUUCUUAAUAAAUAUGAUAUUAACUAUUUAGUAAAGAGUGAGCAAAAUAGUUUCUAUAGUCCUCACACGGAGGAAAGUGACCAUUUUGCUGUUUAUCAAGAUAUCGCAGGACCUGGGCUCGGAAAUGAUGGAAUUGAGGUUGAACAAAAGAGAAAAGAAAGUUCUGAACGUGAGAUAUUUGAAGAGCCGCUUGAGUCAGUCAAAUGUGAAGAUGAACUAGAAGAUGAUAAAGAUGCAGAGAGGGAGGAUGAUGUAGAAGAAGAGCACGAAAUCGAAGAGGAAAAAGAAAUAGAAGAAAAGGAUGAAAUCAACGAGGAUGAAGAAGAAACAGAAAAGGAAGCAAAUAUAGAAAAAUAUAACAACAUCGAAGAGGAUGAUGAGUGUUAUAAUAAUUCAGGAUAUGUUGAUCAAAACAGAGAAGAAUCUAAUGAUAUAAAUGAAAAAAGUAUUAGCAAUUCAAGAAGUAUUGAUGAGGGUAAUAAUAGAAGUAGUGACAAAGAAAUUGAUUAUCAAAAUGAAAUGAGGGGCGAUGAAAGGAGCGAAAAAGGGGAAGAUGAUAAAAUUCUGAGGCAAAUUGAAAACCAAAGUGAAAAAAUAAGUAGCACUAGAAGUAGCUCGAAAAGUUAUGAAGAAAACAGCGUAAGAAGUAGUGAACUUAGUAGCAACGAAAUGAACUAUUAUAUUAACGAAGCAAAUAGUUACAGUAAUGAGGUUAGCAAAAGCAACGAAAUAACCAAUAGUAGUAGUGUGUUAAGUGUAGAAAGCAAUACAAUAAGUUGUGAUAGUAGUGAAAAUAUUGAUAAUAAAGAUUUUACAAAAGAGAACAGUAUUAUGGAUAAUAUGAAUUAUGAAAUGACAAAAUUUGAAAAAUUUCAAAAGUUUAUAACACGACUUGAUGACAAUAUAAAUAUAACAUUUUCGUCGUUUUUAAAAUGUUAUAAUAAGUGCUUUUUAUUAUUAAAUUUAGAUAUCCCCCAAAAUGUGAUAUUAAGGAAAAUAAUACUUCGAAAAAUAAAAAAGAUAAAAAACUAUUGUAAUAGUUUAUAUAGUAUAUUAAAAAUAAAAAAGCUACCAAUUACUAAUAAUUAUAAUUUUGUACUUGAUGAAAUAAAUUAUAAUUUGCUUAAUAAAAAUAUUUUUUCAAAACCGUCUUUUUUUAAAGUUUUAAAAGAAGACGAAUAUAUUUUUGAAUUGUAUAAAUAUAAUAACAGUAAUUUAAGAAAUAUGUAUGAAGAAAAUAAAAAUAAAUAUGGCAAUGGAAACCGUAAAUAUAUUCCAGACGAAAAUAAUUUAUUUAAAAUAUUAUUUUUAUAUAAAAAUACAAAAAUGGAUGAAUACAUAAGAGAACAAAUGGGUGAUGUUAAGAAGCGUUAUAUUGUAUUAUUGAACUCUUAUGAAUACAUUAAAAAAUUGAUAUGCAAAGAAUUAAAAAAAAAUGACAUUUUAAAUUUAUAUAAAAAAGCUAAAUCAAUUGAUGAGAACUUUAAUUCAAGUAUUGAUUAUCUCCAUUCCUUAUUCGAUUCGCGACUGUGUUUUCUAUUUUUGAGUUAUGAGCUUCAAAAUAUUAUCAUUGAUUUUUUGAAAGAUUCUAUAGAUUUUAUUAUUUCUGAUGUAGAAAAAGAUACUGAAGUAGAUGAGUUUAGAAAAAUAAGAAAAAUGGGUGUAUCUAAGGGCAUGCAUAAGGAUGAGCAUAAAAGCAAUCGAAGUGAUAAUAUUUUGCGUUUUUUUUUGGUUAAAAAAAUUAUGAAAAUUUACAAUAUAGUAUUUUCAUUUUUUUAUUUACGCCUUAAUUCAUUUUUAAAACAUAACACAAAUAAGUUAUCCAAAGUUAUUGGAGAUCGAGUAGAAAAUGUUUUUUCUUAUGAUGAUAAAGAUAUUUGGAACACUUUGAAUAUGUUCAAUUUUAUAAAUUAUAGAUAUGGGUGUUCAUACAAUUUUUUAAAUGAGGUUUUUACGUCAUUUCAUAUUUUUGUAAAUAAUUUAAUAAAAGUUGAUGUGUAUAUUCAAUUAGACAAAAAAUUAAUAGGGAGAAAAAAAAUCGUUAAGAAAAAAUAUAAUUUGUAUAAUUAUCAUCCUGAUUAUAAUGAUCCAUACAAAAGUAUGAAGACAGAAUUUAUGGAUUAUAAUGAAAUAUUGAAAUAUACUAAAAUGGAAAAGAAAAGUUACAGAAAUAAUAUACGAGAAAAAAACACAAUCAAUGGUGUUUAUUUUAACAAGAAUAAUAUAUAUAAAAUAAUAAAUGAAGUUAAGAAAAAUGUGACGAUAGGGGGAAAAUUCAAAAUUAAAAACGAUAUAUUAGAGAAAAAAUUAGGAAAAAAAAUGAACAAAUAUUUUGGGUUUUUUAUUAAAAAUAAAAAUUUAAAAAAAAAAGAGGUGAACAAAUCUUACAACACAUAUAGAUCCCAUGAAUUAUAUGCGAGGUCAAAAAAUAAUAAACCAAUUAAUAGAAGGUAUACUUCAUUUGACUUUGUAGAAAAUGCUAUUAGUUAUAUGAAUAUUCAUAAAAAAAAAAUUAUGAUUAAAAAAAGCAUUAAAAAAGAUAGACAUGUGGAAAGGAAAAUUGUCAGUUUGAUGAGAGUGUAUCCAGGGUUUCACUUACACAUAAAUAAAUACAAUAAUGGAAAAUAUGGAAAGACAAAUUUAAAGAGACAAAAAAUAAAAAAUAUAAGUAAUAAAUCGAGAAAACGACGAAGUAAUAAUAUGUACAUGCUGGAAAAGUUAUGGACUAAUAAAUCAUCAAUUAAAUAUAUGCGUAAAAAUAUAAAAUUUAUUGAUAAUUAUAAUAAAUUAAACAAACUAAAAAAAAAAAUAAAAAGAAAAUUAAAUAAUAUUAGUCUUUUUAAAUAUAUACCAAUAGUUGAUAAGAGUGGUAAUAAAAUAUAUAGCUCUUUAUACCGAACAUAUUCACAUAUAUUAUUUAUACUUAUUUCAAUAUUAUAUGUAGAAAACUAUAACAUUUUGCAUAUUAGAAAAAAUAAUGACUUAUAUAUGAAUAGCGAUAUAUAUAACACAUAUUAUAUAUUUGCGCAUAUAUCAAGUAGUAUUAUAUUAUUAUUAUCAUCCCCUUUGCGUACAUAUCUGCACUUUAAUCCAUCUGUUGGAUCCAAGAGGACAAAUAUUUCACCGAGAAGAGAAAUAGUUGAAGGAAUGAACAACCAAAAGGGUUAUAGCAAUGAAGUCCAGAAUAGUAACAGAUCAAUAACAAAGGAUGAACAGGAAAUGAAUAUAAAAAGCCAUAUAGAGGAACGUAAUAUAUAUGUAAACACUUUAUUGUGUUUUAGCUAUACUAAUAUUUUAUUGAUAUCUAAAAAGGGAAAUAAUAUGAGAAAUAAAAUAAAAAGAAAUAAAUAUAUAUACGCAUUUUGUAAUUUAAUAGAAAAUAUAUUACAAAAUGUUAUGUUUUUUUAUGAAUUGUAUAAUAGUGCAAAAAAUGGAAGUGAUAUUUUAGAAACAGACGAAAAUUUUUCAAAGUUAAAUAAAAUGUGUAAAGAAAAUAACUUAAUAGAAGAUUAUAUUCCUAUAAAAAAUGUAUUAAUUUUUCACGCAUUAUUUAAAUAUAUAAUACCAGAAAACUAUUGUGACUAUUUCAAUAUAAAAGAUCCAGAAUUAUAUAAUAUGAAAAAAUGUUCACUUAAUUUAUUUUAUUCUUCUUUAAAUAUAUUAUUAACAACAUUUAAUACAGAUAUUUCUAUAAAUAUAGAAAGGUGCUUAUACAACAUUAACUAUUUUUGCUAUGAAAAAUUAUAUUAUGAAAUAAUUUUGAGUAAUGUAAAAAAAGUCAUUAGAGGAUUAAAACAUGAUAAUAGAAAAUCUGCUUUUAAUUGUAUAUAUUCAUGUGUGUUAUAUUAUUUGCAUAAAUAUGGAAAAAAUUGUACCAAUUCAUUAAAGACUGAAACAGGCUAUAACAAUAUAGAACAACGAAAACAAAAUGAUAAUAACAAUUGCACACCUCAAAAAUAUCCCCAAUCACAAGGCCUAUUUUCUUUACUAUAUAAUAAAAAAAAUAAAGCAAGUAAUGCGGUGUAUAAAUAUAAAGAUAAUAGCACAAACGAUGACGAAAACAAUGUAAGGCGUGGUGUAAAAAAUCAAUCCUAUUUAUGUUUAUAUGGAAAAAAAGAAAAUGAGAUAUUCGAUAAUUCUAAUACUAAUUAUGGCUUUAAAAAUGGAAUGGAUGGAUUAAGGAAUAGAGAAAAUAUGAACCGAAGAGAAGUACUUUCUAAAAUAAUAUAUGAUAUGGUUGAACCAUAUAUCGAUAUAAAACAUAUAGAAGUGUAUAAUAAAAUAUACAGAAGCCACGAUUCUAUUAAUAGUCUUAUUAAUAUCUGUUUUUCAUUUUUAUUUAAUAAUUUAUUAUUUUUAAAACCAGUUUAUCCUUUUGAUAUUCCAUCUAAGGAUAAAAAUGAAAAUGAAAUAAAUGAAAAAAAAAAAAAUAAAAUAACAAAUUACAAUUUUGACAUAUUUAAUAUCAAAAUGGAUAAAAUGAAAGCAUCCGAAUUAUUUUUAUCUUUAUACAUUCAUAAAUAUAUGCAUAGCAUUUCUUUGGAUAUCAAAAAGCUAGUUGAUUAUAACAUGUUUAUGAACCUAUUUUUUUGGAUGUCAAAUAAAAUACAUACUACAAUUAAUCACAGGAAUUAUAUUUAUCUCAAUUACUCAUUUUAUAAUGUCUAUUACAAAUUUAACGAAUACAAUGUUUUGCAGUUUCUGAUAAAUUUCAAGAGGUCUAAAAGCGAAGGAAAGGAAUUUAUGAUGUCGUUUGUGAAGAUGUUUGAAAAACUUAUUUCGCUAGAUAGCGAUUUAAGUUCUGAUUUUGCAGAUCCAUUAGCAUAUAGCGUAUAUUUGGAUUAUAUGAAUGAUUUGUUUUUAAAUGAUGAUUAUUAUUAUGUAUCCUUUUGUGACUAUAUAAAAAAUACGUACAUAGAAGAGAAUGAUUUUAAUCGAAAAGAAUUUGAAUUUUUUAUGACGGAAUUAAAUGAAUUAAAUCCAUUUAAAAUAGAAAAGGAUGUGACAAAGAAAAUUCAUGAGGAUUUUGAAAUGAAUUACCUAAUUUUAGUAGUCAAAAAAAAAAUAUGUGAAAAUAUUUGCAAGUAUAAAUAUAUUUCGAACGGUGUUAAUAAUGUAUUAGAAGAUUUAGACUAUAGAAAGGAAAAAGGAUAUAAUUUUGAGAAUAAAAAUGGUUUAAUAUGGGGAUUGAAAGAAUUUUCUGAGGAACAAAAAAACAACAAAAAAAAAUUAAUGCUCAAAAGUUUUAAAAACAGAUAUAAGAUUAGAAUAAAACUAAACAACAACCCUUACUAUUUUAAAAAUAUAUAUAAAUAUUAUAGAAACAAUUUAUUCAAUUUAAUUAACAAAAAGAAUAUAAAUUAUUUUGAAGUAAUAAAAGUUAUAAAUAAAAAAGGGUAUAAUCAUUUUAGUAACAUGUUUUUUAGCUCGUUUAUAUAUAUAUUGAGUGAAGUAAAAUAUGAUUAUAGUAGACAAUACAAUUUUAAUAUGCAGAAAAUUAUGGAUAAAUUAAAUAUAGGUUUAAAGGCGUCUUUUUAUAAUAAUAAAAAUGUAACAUUAUAUUAUUAUUUAUUUCAACAGUAUUUUUAUCUGUAUAUAUUUUCAGAGUAUAAAUAUUUUUCUGAACUGGUUUGCUCAGAAUAUUUUUUACUAAACUUAUCUAUGAAGUCAGUAAAUAAUUCAUUAUAUAAUACAGAUGCAUACAGAAUAUAUUGUUUUUUGAAAUUUUUGUAUAUUAAAAAUAUAUUAAAUCAUACAGACACACUUUUAAAUUUUUUGAUUUAUAUAUAUUAUAAAUAUUUCUGUUAUCAUUAUAAAGAAAAAGAUGAUAAGCUUCCUCAUUUUAUCGACAUUUUUUUAAGUAUCCACGAGGAAUCGUAUAAUAGCACCUUUUUAUUCGCUAACUAUAAAUCGAAUGAAAUAAAUUUUGAAGCAAAUUUGGCAAAAGGAAGUAUGGGUACAAAAAAUGGAUUAAAUAGCUAUAAUGGUGAAAUUAUACAAAAUACACAAAAUGAAUUGAAUCAGGAUAUAUCUAGAGAUUUAAAUCCAGCUUAUGAUGGCAAACAAAAUGGUAAUAUUAUUACAGAUUCUGUUGCUAAUAUGUGUAAAAAUAGAGAAAUAAAUAAUGAAGAGAAAGAAAAGAACGACGAAGGAGAUAUUAAAACUGAUGAAAGGCAAAAUGAACAUAGUAAUGCAAAAAAUUGUAAUUUAAUUUUAUUAAAUUCUCAGGAUAGAUUUAUAAAUAUAUUGUUUUAUAAAAUAUUAAUAAAUUUUAUAAAAUCAAAAAUAAACACAUUGAAUUCUAAGUAUAUAUUUGACAAUGCGAAUUUUUAUAUUUCAUCUUAUAUUAAAUAUUCGCUUUUUUAUACAUUUGAAAAAAAAAAUAAAGUUUUUGGUAAUGCAUUAAAAUAUAAAUAUUCCUUUUACAAUUUUAAGGCAUUAAGAAAAAACUUAAAAUUGUGUCUAUAUAUAAAAAAUUUAUAUUUAAAACAGGACUUGUUCAAUAGUAAUAUAUUAUCCUUCUUAAACAUAGAAUCGAAUAAACCAAAGAAAACAAAAUCAGCAAAACGAGCUUCAAAAAAAAUAAAAAAACUUAGAGAUGUGUCAAAUGAUGAUUUAGUUCAAAAUAUAAAUAUUUUUAAAAAUAAUAGCACUAUUUGCAAAGUUGAAAAUGGUAUAGAAAAGGUAUCUGAGAAAAAUGAAGAAAACUAUAAUGAAUAUAGCGAAGCAAAUAAGGAAUUAUUAAAUAUACCUGGGUGUAUACAAAAUGAAAAAAAAUACAGAAAGAGACUAAAUGUAGAAGAUGAAAAUGAUAAUGAUGGUGUAAAUAUGGCAAAUAAAAAAUUGUGUAUAAAAGAGGAAAAUAUAGAAUUAAAUAACGAAAUAAAAAAAAUAGGAGAUGGAAAAGAUGAACAUAAAUUGAAUGCAACUGUUGAAGAGAGAAGAGAAAGCGAAAUAAUGAAAGCAAAGGGAUUUGUAUCAGAUGUUAAAAAAAUUAAAAUAGAAAUCGAGGAAAAUAAUAAAAACGUGGAUUAUAUAAAUGAUGGCGGUGAAAAAGGGAAAGAAGGUGGAAAUAAUAACAAUUUAGCAGAUAGUACACCUAAAGAAAAUUUAAAUAAAAAAAAGAAAGAAUUCAGUAUAGAUCAGAUAAAAAUAAAAAUUGAAAAUGCUAAUGAGAUAAAUGAAUCACUAAGCAAAAUUGAUAAGGGGGAUGUUUUAAUAAAUUUAUUUUUAGAAAAAAAAGAAAAUGUACAAAAAAAUAUAUCAAUAAAAUAUUAUGUUAAAAUUUUAAAAUUUUAUUUAAAAAAUAGAGCUCAUGAAUAUUAUAUUAAUUCAUUAGAUUUAUCAAAAUUUCAAGAUAAAUCAAUUUAUUUGAUAUUUAUAUUUUUAGGGAAGUUGUUUAAUUUCUUUUCAAAUUCACUUUUAUCAUAUAUUGAUGAUGACAAUUUUAAGACACAUAAAAAAAAUGAUUCUGAUUCAAUUGAAAGAUACUAUUCAUAUGAAUAUCUUCUUUCGAAUUUUACUCUAAUUUCGAUUUGCAACUAUGCCGAUACUCUCUCUCUUUUAUGCAUGAGUUUUAUGGAUAUUAAUAACCUGAGGAAAGAUGACGAAGAGAGGGGAAUUGAGGAAGCGCAAGUAGUAGAAGAAAAUAGGAGUUCCGAAGAAAACGAAGAAGCUCAAACAGAUGUAGAACGGGAUAAGGAAUAUGGUUCAUGUGAUAAAGAAAAUUCUAAAGGAAUAAAAAAAACAGAGUUAAUGAAAAACUUGAAAAAUGUACCAGUAAGAAAUUAUACUGAUUUAUGUGAAUCUAAUAAUUUCAGAAAAAAUAUACUUACUUUGAAACCGAACUUUUUAGAUACAAAUAAUUAUUAUAUGUUCAGAAAAAAGUCUAUUGAUAUAAUUAAUAGUGAUAAAGAUAGUGCAAAGAUUAUAAUACCUAUGUAUAAAUUAUUAGUAGCACGAUUAAAGAUAUGCUUAUAUAACCCCACAUAUUUUUUCAUUGCUUCGUUAUUUAGUUAUAAAUAUGAUACAAAAUUAUCAAACGCUUUAUUAAACUAUAUCAAGAGUACCGAUUUUAGCAUUAAAGACAUUAAGUAUUAUAUUUGUGAAGAAAAUCAAGUGGAAUCACAAUCAGGGACCCAAGGUAAUGAUCAUAAAGAAAUGAAUAAUAAUGGAAAUUCUAAAUAUUUAAACAUAUCGAAGGAAAAUGAUUCUGAACAAGACAAUAAUAAUUUAGCUGGUAUUAAAAAAGGUGAUACCCAAUCUAACCGUGAACAAUUUGGAAGUUUAGUACGUGGACUUUUUAUGAAUGUGAAAAAGAGAACAUUCGAAAUGGCAUCCUUAAGUCGUGAUAAUAGCAAAGUAGAUGCAUCAAAUUCUGAAGCAUUAAAUAGUUACAAUAGCAAGGGUAUAAAUAUGAAUAUAUCAGAUUAUGUGAAUUAUUAUUAUAAUUAUCAUGAAGAUACUGAUUUUAAUUAUAAGAAGAGACAAAGUUAUGGAAAUCCUUCAAAUAAUGCCGAAAGUGAUGAUGUCGCAGAUAAUGAGGUGGAAUCAUCGAGCCAAAUGCAUGGUGAAAAUUAUGCACUAAAUAUAUUAAAUAUUAAUAAGGAAAUUUCUGCAUCACCUGAUAUCAAUAAAAAAAAUAUUAACAUAAGCAACGAAACAAUAGAUUUAACGAAGGAUAUUGAAAUAGACGGAAAUAAGUUAAGAGAAGAAGGAGCAUAUGAUAUAACAAAGGUAAAAGUGGUAAUAAAUAAUAUUGUAAUAAAAUAUGAGGAUGUUAUUAAUGAUAUAAUUGAAGGAUUAGAUUUUAUAUCAGAAAAUAAAAAUUGUGAAAAUUAUAAUUUUUAUGCUGCUUAUCAUGCAUGUACAUAUUAUUUUUUGCGAAAAAAUUAUGAGAAAUGUAUACACUAUAUGAAAUUUUUUGUUAUAAAGGGGGCAUUUAAAGUUUGUAAAAUUGAUUCAAUAUGUCAAGAUUAUUAUAAUUUAUAUUGCAAAAGAAUACAAAGACGUGAGUUUUGUAUAAUUAAAUAUUGCACUCUUAUUUUAGAAAUAAGUAAAAGUGUUUUAACAAAUCUUUUGUCAAAAAUUAACGAUAACAUAUGCAUAGAACAUAAGAAACUACAAGAAAAUAUGUGCACUGAUAAUUUAAAUGGUGAAAUUAAAAAAUUUUUAUUAGAGGAAAAGUUAUUAAAUAUUAAUAACGAUGAAAACGAUAAGGAAAAAACGAAAGAGGCAAAUUUGAAUAAUAACAUAGCUGACCAAGUAAUGGAUGACAAAAUUGAAACGAUUAUAAUUCAAGACGACAGUAAUACAGGGGAAAUAAAAGAAAAUAACGAUGAGACAAAUCCCCAGAAUAAAGAUAAAAAUAGUGAAGAAUGUGAUACUAAAGAAAACAAUAUGAACUCAAAUGAUAAAAACAAUAGUGAUGAGGUAUGUUGUAAAAAAAAACCAGAAGACGAUGGAAAUUAUCAAAAAGAGAAUAAAUUAUUAAGUAAAGAAAAUAAAUGGGUGUAUUUAGGUUUUGAAAAUUUAAAUCAUUUAAAUGAAAUUUAUGAAAUAUUAAAAAUAUUAUUCGAAAUAUAUAUACAUAUCGGUAAAAAAAUAAAAAGAUUUAACGACUUCAAAGUAUUAGAAGAUGCUACAUCUAUCUAUGGAUAUAAUAUAUCAAUUGUUAAUGUCCUUUUCAAACUUAUUAUUGAACACUUAUGUUUUAUUUUCGAAGUUUUAUGCUAUUUUACACCACAUGUAUUAGUAUACCCAAUUAUUUUACUCUUUGGAGAUGACAUAAAAAAUGAUGACAAUCUUAAGGAGAAUAUAGAUUUUGGAAACGAUUCUCAUUCGAAUAUUGAAAAGAAAAAUAAUAAUAGUAACAAAUAUUUUUACUUAAAUAAAGCAGCAUAUAAUGAAGAAAUAAUGUACAAUAAUAGUGCAUGUGCAACCAUGGACUUACGGAUUUUUAAAUUGUUUAGAGAAUUUUUAUCAAACAAAUCCGCAAUUUUCCCAUCUGAUUUGUCUACAAAAAUGCAUAGUGUGCUUUUAUUACUAUGUAAGAAAAUGUUAUAUUAUCAAAAUAGUGAAGAAGGCAUGAUAAAAAAUAUUCAUAAUUAUCAUAAUAAAGGAAAUAAAAAAAAAAAACAAAGUAUAAUGAAAUUUGUUACAGAUGUAAUGAAUAACCCUUAUAAAACCAAACUUUCAGAUUUUCUAAAUUUAAUAAAAAAUCGUAAAUUUUUAAAUUGUAAAAAUUAUAUAAAAUGUGAAAGUAUUAAAUUUUUAGCAAGUAAAUUGAUUUAUAAUAGUAAAUACACCGAUAUAAAUAAGCAAUCUCCGGAAAUUAUUCAAUUAGAUGUUACAAGCGAUAAUAAUAACAUUCCAAAUAAAGAAAACACAGUAUCUACUUUGAAUAGUACAACAACGAAUUUAAAUAACAAAAUGGAUUCAGUCUUAUUGCAAAGUAAUGAUACACCAACUAUAGAAAAAAAUAAUGAAAUUUCUAUGUACUAUAUUAAGUUGCAUAACGAUAUUAGCAUAUGCUUAUACAACGAUUUUGAUAUUAUUAAUGAUAUCCGAACCAAGAACGAAGCAUUAAAUUGUGUCAAUUCAAUGCUAUCCGAUAAAAACUUAGGAUCGAAAAAAAUGGAUAAUACCAACUUGAAAAAAAAGAAAAGUAUGGAAAUGUCUACUCCAUAUGCUAGGAACUCGAUACGGGAGCGAGAUCUAAGAAGAUUGAAUAGGGAAAGAAGUAAAGUUUCGUAA